UUACUGGAAAACAGCUGAACGACGUUUCGCGCUUGGCUCGUAUUAUGUGGUAGUGGCUCGUAUGUGUGUGAGCAACUGCGACGGUGGAUUUCAGAAGUCUCUCCCGGAAACGAGGGUUUGUCCCGCUGGAGCCGCUGCCGCCGUCAGGGUGCCAUGGUUAAUUGCGUUGAGAGAGCUUAACGGAAAUUCAGGAACUGGGCGAUAAAGCAAACAAGAAUGUGAUGAGCCUGCCUGCGAGCGAUCUUUAUUGUGGCAACGAUGUGUUCUUCAGUGAGAAACGUAGGGCUGCAACCCACACCGGCCGACCCGAAACUCAUCCUGGAGCUGAAAACCAGGCGUCCUCCGUCCCUGGAGGGCCGGGCGGGCUGUGAGACGUGGAGCGUGGACUUCUCUCCGGACGGAGCCUGGUUCUCCUGGUCAAUGGGCCAUGGGAUUGUCUGGGUGGUUGCUUGGCCACUUGAUUCCGAAGAAAAUCUGGAUGGUAAAAUCGACAGAGGAGACAAGAGCUUUAGCUGUGGACAGCCAGUUUGGGGACUCGCCUUUGGGCCCAGACCAUCAAAGUCAGCUUCAUCAUUUCUAAAUCACACCCCAACAAAAGGGAGCAGGUUGCUUCUGGCCACCGGUUUAGAAAACGGGGUGAUCAAAAUCUGGAACGUGUUAACAGGCAAUGCUCUGUUUGAUCUGCAUGGCCAUGAAGGUAUCGUAAGAGAUCUGGUCUUCCCUCCAAACGGAAAGCUCACCCUUGUAUCGUCCUCUCGUGACAAGACCUUGAGAAUAUGGGACCUGAGUCAGAAAGGUAAAAAGGUGCAGGUGCUGUCGGGCCAUAAGGACUGGGUCAGCUGCUGCUGUAUAUCCCCGGAUUGUAGCAUGAUCGCAUCAGUGGGCAGAUUUGACAGAAUGGUGUGUUUGUGGAGCCUACGGUCAUUCACUUUCAUUAGGAACCUGACGGGAGGGGCCCAGAAGACCUUCUACCUGCUCGCCUCUUGCGACUUCACCCCCGACGGGGCGCUGCUCGCCACAGCCGCCUUCGGUGCUUCCAGCUGGUGGAUCGACCUGUGGGAUCCGUACACCGCAGAGAAGCUGGCCACUCUGGUCAACUACUGUGAAAUCUACGGGCAAAACCAAAUUUCAGCAAUACAGUUCUCUCCCGAUGGCUUGCACCUAGCAAUAGUGACCGAGGACAGAGCUCUUCGGAUCUGGGAACCGGGCCAGACGGGUAUGGUGAUGCAAACCAAAGAGGACCGAUCCUCCAAUGGACUCUGCUGCAACUUUCAUCCACAAGGAGGAGUCGUCGCCACAGGAACCAGAGAUGGCUACGUGAGGUUCUGGAGGGCUCCCCGGCUGGUGCCAAGCCUGUGCCACCUGUGCCGAUCCGUCCUACGCCAUUCCGUCUCCACCCACCAGAUGGAGCCACUGCCCAUUCCCAAGAGGAUCCUGGAGUACCUGACCUACAGAAACAUCCCCAGCCGCCUGGAGACCUGCUGCGCCUCAGACGAAGAGUGGGACAGCUAAAAACAAAACAAAACGGCAGUCGAAACCAGCAGUCUCUGAUCACAUGCCUCACAGGGCCAAUUUAUGGUGUUAUUCCAACCAACCAAUGCGUCAGCUAAUUUGUACACCUACAAUUGUACCAUUUGGCUAGAGUGGUAACUGGUGGGGGCGUCCGGGUGGCAUGGCAGUCUAUUCCAUUGCCUACCAACAUGGGGAUCGCCGGUUCGAAUCCGUGUUACCUCCGGCUUGGUCAGGUGUCCCUACAGACACAAUUGGCCGUGUCUGCAGGUGGGAAGCCAAAUGUGGGUAUGUGUCCUGGUCGCUGCCCUAGCGCCUCCUCUGGUCGGUCGGUCGGGGGAACUGGGGGGAAUAGCGUGAACCUCCCAUGCGCUACGUCUCCCUGGUGAAACUCCUCACUGUCAGGUGAAAAGAAGCAGCUGGCGACUCCACAUGUAUCAGAGAAGGCAUGUGGUAGUCUGGAGCCCUCCCCAGCUCGGCAGAGGGGGAGGAGCAGAGACCGGGACGGCUCAGAAGAGUGGGGUAAUUGGUCGGACACAACUGGGGAGAAAAGGGGGGGGGUCUAAAAACAAAAGGUAACUGGCAUCAUAAGAGGGACCAUUGGUCAAUGUGACUAAAGCAAAAAAAAAUAAAUACAGAAUUAUCAUUUUACAUAUCUUAACAUGUAAAUGCUUAUAACACUUUACUGGAAUAAGCAUUUCAAGUUUUUGAGCAAAUGCAUGUAGUACACGGUUGCUCUCUUAACCAAGGUCAACCUUAGAUUCAACGUUCCUACCAUCAAAUCCAGAUAUUAUUUAUUGCACUAAUAAGACGAUGGAGUUUUGCUUAACCUUCACAAGUUUGUCUGAGUUGUUUUGCUUAUCAGUUUUAUACCUAUUUAUUUUGUAAAUAUCUAGAGUAUGGACAAAUGAAUAAAUCUAUUUCUAAUCA